AUGGCCAUGAAAUUAAGAGCAGAAAAGAAGAUGCGCAAGCAUCUCAUAGAGCAGCUCAAGGCUCGGAAAGUUCUCGGCGCCAGAAUCGCUCAGGGCUUCAAAUCGGCGCAAGACCUCCAGAAACUCAACUUGGCUCCCCAAGUGUUCAUGUACAAGAACAUGUUCUCGGGCCAGGUGCUCUACUCGCAAACGCCCGGAUACCACCAGGACCAGAUCGACGAGCAGUUUGUUCGUCCAAAUUGGGAGAACAGAAAGCCAUCUCGCAGAAACGACAUGUGGAGAAUCAUGUGUGUGGUGAACUUUGCCAGCUACGAGUAUGCGGUGGCUGCGUACGAGGGGUUGGUGCAGUUGCGUAAGGUGCGUGACACCAUGUCGCGCGCGGAGGCUAAACAGACCCGUAAGUUGAACGAGGAUGGAAACAUCUGGUACUAUGGCCAGUACAGACCCACUUACUCGCAAGAGGCUGUGGCUGACUUGGCGCACGUCAUUGAAGAGUUUGAGUUGGAGAACACGACGGCCAUGUGGGAGUCUCUUUGGCGGAAGGGCGAGGAGGAGCACUGGCGUCAAGACUUGGUGCAGCACGAUGUUCUUCCUCUGACCAACCCACGCUUCGAGACCGUGAUGUUGGACGAGUUGCGCGAGAAGGCUUUGCAUGCGUUUGCCCAGGAGCGGGAGCUUUCGCAGAACACUGAGCUGGUGGAGGGUAGACCCACCGACAAUGUCGACAUCACCGAGGGUCUUCCUGUUUAA